UGAGAAGAGGCGCUGUGCUUUAUAUCUACUGAGGCUGAGAUGUAGGGCUGCGGAUUGUGCACCAGUACUGCUUGUCUCUCGCGCACUCCUGUCAGCCCGAUAGUCCCCUCUCUACCGCAGCCAUGGACAUCAUCACCCAGGUUCUCAAUUUUGGUGCUGGACCAGCCAAGCUGCCGCCAUCUGUUUUGCUUGAAGCUAAGAAAGAACUGGUUGACUAUAAAGGACUUGGCAUAAGUGUUCUUGAAAUGAGCCACAGGUCAUCUGAUUUCACAAAGAUUUUAAACUCUACAGAGAAUUUCAUGAGAGAAUUACUAAAUAUUCCGGACAAUUAUAAAGUGCUUUUCCUGCAAGGAGGUGGAAGUGGACAGUUUAGUGGUGUGCCACUUAAUCUUAUUGGUUUGAAAGAAGCCAGAUGCGCAGACUACAUAGUAACAGGUGCCUGGUCAGCAAAAGCUGCUAAGGAAGCAGAGAAAUAUGGAAAAGUAAACAUUGUUCACCCAAAGCUUGCAAGUUACACAGAAAUUCCAGAUCCAAGCAGCUGGAAUCUUAACCCAGAGGCUUCCUAUGUUUACUACUGUGCCAAUGAAACCGUACAUGGUGUGGAAUUUCCAGAAAUCCCUGAUGUGAAAGAAGCAAUAUUGGUUUGUGAUAUGUCUUCAAACUUCCUGUCCAGACCAAUUGAUAUUUCCAAGUUUGGACUUAUUUUUGCUGGAGCUCAAAAGAAUAUUGGCUGUGCUGGCGUCACAGUGGUAAUAGUGAGAGAAGAUUUAUUGGGUUUCACAUUGAAGGAAUGCCCCACCAUCCUAGAUUACAAAAUCCAGGCAGGAAAUGGUUCCCUGUAUAAUACACCUCCAUGUUUCAGCAUCUACAUAAUGGGAUUGGUGUUGGAAUGGAUUAAGAAUAAUGGAGGUGCAACGUGUAUGGAGAAACUGAGCAUCAUCAAAUCAGAAAUGAUUUACAAUGUUAUAGAAGAAUCCAAUGGAUUGUUUGUGUGUCCUGUAGAGAAAAAAAGCAGGAGCAGAAUGAAUAUUCCUUUCCGUAUCGGAAGUAUCAAGGGUGACAGUGUCUUGGAAAAAGAAUUUCUUGACAAAGCUGCAGCACUUGGCAUGAUGUCUUUGAAAGGACACAGAUCUGUAGGAGGAAUCAGAGCUUCUCUCUACAAUGCUGUCACUGUGGAUGAUGUGGAGAAACUAGCAGAUUUUAUGAGACACUUUAAGGAGACUCACCAGUGAUGAACUGACCAGCAAAACAUCUUUUUAUAUUCAUGUCACUACUGUAUAACAUAUGACACUUAAAGGGGUUAUGCUGGAAUAUAAUUUAACCUAACAGCAGGGAGGCCUAAAAAAAACAACUAUUCCCCCCCCAAAUCCUAAUCUGCUGUUUUUCCUAUAGUCUUUAUUUUCCUGCAGUGAUAAUGUGCCAUACUGUAGUUGACAUCUUCAGACUACUGAAUACUAGUCUUUGUGAUUAUGUGCUGUACAUGCACUAGGUAAUGUGCCAUUGAUGCAGAAAAAUAAAGAUUUAAAGCACCACCAGAACAGAUCUAAUAUGGCAGUUUUCUGUGAGAUAGAGAGAGAUAUAUAUAUAUAUAUAUUAUCUAUCUAUCUAUCUAUCUAUCUAUCUAUCUUCUCUAAUUUUUUUUACUUUUCAUAUUAUUUCCUGCUGUUAGGCCCAUUAAACUCCCAGACAACCCCUUUAACAGAUAAGCUAUUUUCAUAGUGUAUAGAUUGUUUUUGUUUGAAAACAAGUCACUUUCUUUUGUACUGAGAGAACAACCCAGUAGUAUUUGCCUUGGUUUUUUUUUUUUUUUUUUUUUUUUUUUUUAUAUCAUGAAUGGUGUUUGCAAUAACCUGUCGUCAAUGAGAUUAUGUUGUAGUACAAUUGAACAACUCUGGCUUAUGCUGUAUAUGAAAUCGUUCUCCUAUACUAUUUCUUUUUACCAUCAGUUAUUUAACCAAACCCAGAAUUGGAUCCAGGAGAAAGGAGAAGUAAAGCUCCUUUCUUUGUAUUCCCUAUUCCUUUUUAAUAAACUUCUGGUUUUGGG